AUGUCUCACAAAAAGGUGAAGAAAAAUGAUUCCUCAUCCAGCAGGGUGUCGUUAUCCGACGGGAAAACGCCAAGUAAAGAAUCAGCCUCUUUACUAGUUGUCUCAUCUGAGAGACUUGGAAGUCAGUGGAGGUGCCAGUUUCCUAUUUGGCCUGAGUGGAGUGAUGCAGAUGUCAAUAAGGAAAAAUGGGAUUCAAGCAGAGGACCUGAACAUGGAAAGACAAAAGACAAAAAUCUCCACGCUCCAUAUUAUGAUGAUCCAGAAGGAAAAAUUCACCUACCUCCAUCUUUGAAUGUGCACUCCUGGAAGCGUCCUUCAGAGUUUCUUGAUACCAAAAGUCCUACCAUUGUUGAGAGUGAAAGUACCUUUGACCUGAUCUCUGCCAAUGAUCAUCUGACUGGCAGUGAGGUGAUGAGAUGGAUCAUCAGUGAAAUCUGUAUUCUUUGGGCAGUGUGUAACAGUGCAUCUACAGAAGGCGGUGGUUGGAGACCCUGGGAGCAUAUCUACUCCUUAUGUAAGGCCGAAAAGGGCCACGUUCCUCUCUACAAUAGCUUUGGAAAAUAUGUGGUCAGAAUCUACUGGAUGGGUUGUUGGAGGAAGGUGACAGUGGAUGAUUCCAUGCCAUUUGAUGAGCAAAACAACCUCCUUCUCCCUGCUUCCACUUGUCAGUCAGAGCUGUGGACAAUGCUGUUGGCUAAGGCUCUGAUUAAAGUGGCCAAUACAAAUGUAGUGUCGCAGCUCGGUGGGGAAAUUGGUGAACUCUCCUUUAUACACACUCUAACCGGCUGGAUCCCAGAGAUCAUUCCGAUAAAGUCCAUGCACCUCCACAAAGUCUGGGACUUCCUAAGAGACUCCAUUCCUAUGUUUAAGCACUCAGAUGAGAAUUUUCAGGAGAAGGUGUCUCAGUCUUCACACACUUCAACGAGGAGGUCCAGUGUGAUUAGCUGCAAGAGCAAGCAUCAAGAGUCAGAUGAAAGCCAAGGUACCGCAGAGAAAGUGGUGUGUGCUGGCUUCUACCCUUUUCAAUUACUCAACGAUAAGCCACAUGUAUUUGGUGAGAUGGCUAAUUCAUCAGAGGUUCUACGUCAUUAUGGCUGUUCCUUGCUAUUCAGUCACAUUGUCUUAUUGACAAAGACACGGGCAUGCAAGUUGAAGGCACCACCUCAACCACCCCCUGUACCUCGCUGGAAACUCAUUCGCCCCCGCAAGGAAAUCAGAAUUACUGAUGAACCACAGAAACCCCCUUUAUCGAAGCCUGAGCAGUUCAUUGAAGUUGCCAGUCUUUUUCUCUCCCACCAUAUCAAGAGCAGCAUUGACCCAGGUCCAGAGCUAGAAGUCAAUCAGAGCACUCAGUGGCAGCAAUACCUGGAGUCCAUUGGUGAAAGUAAGAGUCCUGAGUGCCAGGAAGACCUUGAUCAUGCUGCAAGUGAAACCAGUACUUCUUCAGCAACCAGUACUGACAAAACUGAGGUUACUGCAAAGGACAGGGAUGACAUCUGCACUGCUCAUGGCAGUGUAGUAAGCAAACAGUCCACAACUCCAAAACUCUCUACUCCUCUCAAACCCAUGCUGCACAAGACCUGGGUGGACCUGGGUGACUUUACUAAAUGCUUCCAGAAUCUUCUGGUGUUCCAUAAAUCACAGAGCUACCAGCACCAUUUUCAGAAAUCUCAUUUUAAGAACACCAUCUUGUCCAAAAUGACAUCAGUCAUCAGCUCGACUGGAGAAACAACAUCUUCAUCUACAACUGGAUCCUGCUCUGUGUCAUCUGCUGUAUCAAGCCCUCAAUGUGCAGAGGAGAGAGGUGCUUACUUCCUCUGUGUGGAUAGCCUACAGCCUUCCCAGAUCCUCAUUCACUUCUCUGCUCUACUUGGAUGGGGAAAGACAGCUGAGGAGAAAAAUGAUGUGAAAGCGAUAUCUAGGUCUGCAGUUUUGCAUGCCCAGCCUUAUUCUUGGAAAACCAUGCAGUGUCAGUUGUCACUUCUGACCAUCAAAACCACCUCUUCCAAGGCAGCCAUGCUCACCUUGUGUCCAGGACGCCAUGUACUUUGCAUCCAUACAAAGGCAGCCCUGGGUUACAAUCUUCGUCUGUACAGCACAACGCCGUUCAUCUGUGGGGAUGAAGAAACCAUCAUGUCGCAUGUUACCAAGGAGAGUAUGCAGUUCAUUGAGCAGGCCUCCUCCAUUUUGGGGGCCAUGACCAGAGUGGUGUAUAACUUUAGUGAUGAAAAAGAGCUGCCAGCAGCUAGAAGGGCUCUGGAAGAGGCUUACUGUCCCCGAAGUAUCACCAACACCGUGGAAAAAUGGCAACACCACAGGGUGUUUAACAAGGCUGUGUACCACAUGCUGCGUAAGGCCCUAGACAGGAAGCUCGUUGCAGAUGAGCGCUUUGCCCUGGUAGCCCUCACUGCUGACCCCUCGCUCUUCACCUUUGACCCCAGAGAAGAUGCUCAUACAUCGGACGAAGAGCCAAAGUGUGCUGAAAGCUGGCGAAACAAGCAGUUGACAGAAAAGGAGAUCCAAGCAAUCACACUUCUGCAGGCUGGGUUCAAAGGAUGCUUUGUGCGGAAGAUCCUUAAUGCCUCACAACCUGGAACAAAGCAGAACAUCCGUGCAUCUGACAUCCUUUUAAAUAUGUGGUCACAUGUUGAAUCAGAUGCAGAGGAGCAAGCCAUCUCAUUGCUAAGGAAUAUCAUUGAGCACUCAAAGAGGAAGGAACAGCUCUACGAUUGUCAGCAGGAUGAGUGGACCAAAAUUGCAGUUGCUGAAUACUCUGUCUCCCUGCAAGAGCAAACAGCAAGUUCCUGGGCCUUGGUUUUUAGAGAAGCAUUCCUGGUUCCUCAAGAGAUGAUGCUGGUACCAAAAGUCUAUUCCUCCAUCCCCUCUUGUUCACUGCACGUCAUAGAUAAUGACACAGGAGAAGAAAUGCACAAGAUCUUUGGAUAUGUUGCCCCUCACGUGUAUCAACCUAAUAAGCUUGGCUAUACCUUAGUGGCGGAGGCAGUCAUAUCUGAAGCACCACCUCUUGACUGCAAGUGGAAGAUGUGCUUGAUUGGCACAAGGGAACCACUUCCAAAACUGAUUUGUGAAUCCCCACUCAAUAAAUUCUCAGUGAAGGAAUUACGGGAUUAUUAUGUCCCCAAUGAGAAAACCCGCAUAAAUCUCAUUUGUCGUUACUCUGUUCAGAUGACAGAGGACUGCCUGGUAACACUUCAGUUUCAGACUUCCAAACCAGAUGUGCUGAUACGUUUGUCAGUUCUGGAUCAGGAGAAAGAGGUGAAGAGCCAUACUGGGAAGGGCCACGUGGUAAUUCCUGUAUGCUACCUUUUGGCAAACCAGGCUCCCAGCUGCAUAGCUGAGGAGAACAAGAGCCAGAAGGAAUCCCCAUCCCAAGAUAACUGUGUAAAGAUGGCAGCUGCUCCCCAUCAGCAUGAUAUGGAAAACAACACUUCUGGGAAACCAGACUCCUGGUCUGACCAGCACCGCUCUUCCACAGAAACUAUGAUUCAUAAAUAUGUGGUGCAGGCAGAGGUGCUUUAUAAGAGCUGGCUUUUGGAUGCAGCUCAACUGGAUUUUGUCCACAUGCUCAGAGAUUUGGAGAAGAAUGAAAUCAAAGAACCUGAGGCAACAACUAAUGAUGGACAAAAGAUGAAUAAAUCCAGCCGCGAUAGUGAAGGUGAAAAGACUAAAGGGAAGCAACGUACUCGCUCCAAAUCAAACACCAGUCCAGAAAUGAGCUUUGAUCUGACCAAGCCGCACUGGAUACUGCGAGUGGUCAGCGACAAAAGCCAAGCGGAGUCUAUUAAAAUAAAGAAAGACACAGAGAGAAUGGACCAAAUCAGGGCCAUUAAAGAAGCCUGGGAGACGGCUGAACCAGGCCGUGCUGCAAAGGCUUUGCAGGCUCGUCUCAGGUUUCUUCAUAAAGUCCAACAUCAAGCGAGUGAUGAUAAAACUACAGCUGGUGAAGAAGCUGCUUCCAGCCCCUCCAAACUGGAGCUGACCAAUGCACCCUGUCCUCCCAUGGACUACACUCCAUUCAUCAGGCAACACAAGGACUUUCCAGUGCUGAAGGACUUGCAUAUAGAAGAGGCUCAGAAGAAGGAGCGACUCGAAAAAAUCCAGGCCUGGCAACUGGUCCGAGACACUGUGCUGGAGCACCGGGCACAGGAGGCACUAAACCGGCAACAGCUAAGAAAAUACCAGCUCGACUUGUAUAGCAAGAAAGAACACAAAAAUGCAUAAACAUUAAUGCUGUUAAUGUUGUUUCUUUCUUGUUAAAUUAUAAUAAAGUUGUUUCUGUUCCUG